CUUUCAAUACAAUUUUUUUGGUAAUGAUCUUACCACCAUAACAUUCCCUCAUUUCUUCUAUUCCUUACACACAACCCCAAACCACCUAACUCAAAAACAUUUCUCUAUCUCUUCUAUUUUUCACACCCUCAUCACUCAAAAAUCCCAGCAUCAAUAUGCAUGAUUCAGGAGCAAAACUUCCUGAAAAUCGAAUCCAUUUAUAUGAUCCUGUUGGUCUAAUAAAUGAUAGUUAUGGCAGUUUUAAACCCUCAAGUUAUACAGUCAAGCCAAGAAGACAAACUGUAUCUUAUGAUAAUUUUGUAGAAACUACAAAUAAUAAUAGUUUGGGUUUAAUAUCUUAUGAUAGUUUUACUGAUGCAAAUAGUACUGGUGGGUUAAGAUCUUAUGAUAGCUUUGAAGUUGAUAGUUUAAAUUUAAGAUCUUUUAAGGAAAACGAAACAAAUGAUGGUAGAAUUAACUCUUAUGAUAGUCUUAAUACUACAAUAGAUGACAGAAAUGAUGGAGGUCUUAGGUUCAUCGUAGUUGACACAGUUGUGGAAGAUGAUCAAUCUGAUUCUUCUACACCGCGGUUGUGGAGGCCGAGUUCUCCUACAAGUCCUAAGUCUCUGCGGUCUGCAGUGCAUCAUUCUACAAGUCCUAAGUCUGUUGUGAACUCUCCUCCUCCUCUGCACCCCACUAGUCCUAAGUCUUCAGUUAAGUCUUCUAUUUCCCAACCCACAAGUCCUAAAUCUGUUGUUAACUCUCUUCCUGCUGUGCAUCCCACAAGUCCUAAGUCUGUGAAUUUUUCUCCUCUGAAUCCAACAAGUUUGAACCAGCAUCAGUAUCAGAAUAUGUCGCCUAGUUCGAGGACUCAGGCAAUAGCCAAAGGUCGGAGGGAGUUAAUGGACAUGGUACGGGACUUGCCUGAGACAUUUUACGAGCUUUCUUUGAGAGACAUAGUUGAUCAGAAGACUGUUGAUACAGAGAUGCAGAAAGAGGUUGAUAUUCCUGAAGAAAAGAAGAUGAUCAAAGAUAAUACUAAGCUGCCUAAGGAGACAAAGAAGCAGAAGAAGAGUAGCAAGAAAGUUAAGAAGAGUGAGAGUAAAAAAAAGAUGGUGAGGAGUCGGAGUGUUGAUAAUGGCAAAUUUCUUCUAAAGACAUCAGUAUUUCCAAUAUUGGGAUCAAGGAAAAGCAAGAAAAGUUUGACUGUCGCGAGUAGCUUCAAGGUAGCUCCGAUGCCAAAAACAGAACCAACAUCGAAUGGACAUGUGAAGGUUGGUGAGAAAGACUGGUGGAGGAGAAAAUCCUGCAUCUCAAGUGAGAGCGAUAACAGCAAUGCUCUGGAUAAUCAUAGCACAAGCAGUAGCAGCAGCAGUAAUAGCAGUCGGAGUAAUAGCAGCAACGGAAGACGCAGCAAUAAAUUUCUACCGAGCUGUUGCUUAUUCAAUGGAAGAAGAAUUGGAGGCAAGAAAUAGACCGGAAGAAAGCUGCGUCCUACAAACUUGAAGGCAAUAGCUAUAUUGUUUUUGUAAGUAUUAUCCGUCAAUAAGAAACCUAUAGUAGAAGAUACCAGAUUUUGACAGCAAAGUUUGCUGUAAAGGAUGUGUACAUUCUAAACAUACUGGAGUUGGUUUGACAACUGUGUUUCGCUUUUAUUAUAGUGGAUUCUCUGCAAAGAGGCAAGCUUUCUUAUUCAGAAUCCUAGAGUAACUCAUUGGCUCUUU